AUGUUGUUGUUGUGUAUCUCCAGGAGGCUGGAGCUUACUAGUGUCAUAAUGUUGUUGUUGUGUAUCUCCAGGAGGCUGGAGCUUACUAGUGUCAUAAUGUUGUUGCUGUGUAUCUCCAGGAGGCUGGAGCGACAGGAGCAUGCCCCCAGACAGCCGCUAUGUGACCCUGACCGGCACCAUCACCAGGGGGAAGAAGAAGGGUCAGCUGGUGGACAUCCACGUUACUCUAACAGAGAGAGAACUCCGGGACAUGACCCUCUCUAAAGAACGUCUGGACGCUGAGUGUGAGGGGGGCCAGGGCUCCAAGCGUACCUUUGGCUUGGGGUUCUGCCAGGGCCCCCAUGUGAUCCUCUGGAGCCUAUCGUGUGCCCCCGUAGUCUUCCUCCUCGCCUUCAUCACGUCGUUCUACUAUGGAACGCUCACCUGGUACAACGUGUUCCUGGUCUACAACGAGGAGAGAACAUUCUGGCACAAGAUCACCAUCUGCCCCUUCCUCAUCAUCUUCUACCCCAUGCUGAUCAUGCCCAUGGCCCUGGCCCUGGCGCUGUACUGCGCCCUGGCGCAGGUCUCCUGGGCCUUUAGUGAGUGGUGGCUGUCUGUCCGGGACCUGGAGAAGGGGUUCUGUGGCUGGGCCUGUGGGAAGCUGGGGAUGGAGGACUGUUCUCCAUAUAGUAUCGUGGAGCUGCUGGACUCUGACAACUUCUCAGGGAGCAUGCAGGGGAAUAACAAGGCCCCCAGCGAAGAGGCACAGACUUCCUCUGUGUGAGACUGGGUUGUAUUCACUGGGAAGCAAACAGCGAUGGACUACCUGAACUUAUCCAUUAACAAACACUUUAGUUUGACUUUGCACAACAUCUUGCAAUGGUGUACACACUAAUGAGUAUGACCCUGGACUGGCAUCAUGGACACACACAAACUGGCAAGGUUGUCAUACUUCCACAUUUUUUAAACCAGCAAAAGCUGGUUAUUGGUUUAACUUCCACUUCUUACUAAUUUAUCUAACCUCGCAUUCUGACUGGUUGUUAUUGAAGUGAGCUCUGAGUUUACUGUUCCAAUCACUAUGUUGUUAUGUUUUUAAAUGUUCUUAUUUAUUUGAAUAUGUCAACCACUAGCUAGUUUAGUUCUAAGUGUUGUAAAUUGAUGUUUUGUACCAUAGCGUAGGACGGGUGCUGUUAAAAAGAUGUUUAAAUUAAAUAUACUGUAAUGACCGCAGGCAUGUAACAUGAGGGUCGCUACAAUGCUGCCUGAAGUUGACCGCACAGAGGAUCAAACACAAGACAUAUCUAUCUAACAUAUUGAUAGAUUUCCGUUGGAUAAAUGUUGCACUGAAAUCUUCGAUAGGACAGGCAGGAAGUUACCUUUAUAUCUAAUGUGCUGUACCCGCAUGAAGUAAUACUUUACAUUUCUCUCUUUCGGGUUGAAGAGAUUACAUUUUAAACUGUGGCGAGGUUGAAGGAACACUGGGGCCAGUCAUUCAGCAGACAAGAAUGUAGAAUUAAGAUUUGAAGGAUCUGAAAGGAUUUUGGUCAGUACCUCUGUUCUCUAUAUAAAGGUUCAUCUGUGUGUGUUGUUCAAUCACUCUUCACAUCAUGUUUGUUGCUCACCGUGAGAGGAAAUUUAUGGAAAUAAAACCUGAAUGAUUUUCACAGUUCAACAGUGGGGUAAUUUUGUCAUGCUCGUUUUAAAGUUCUAUCUCUAUGAUUAUUAGGUACACUACAUUACCAAAAGU